AUGGAGUCGUUCAAAGUCUACUGGAGAAGACCCAUGGUCCAGGUCGCGCUCGUUGGUGCCGUCCUUUUCUGCCAACCCGGUAUGUUUGAUGCUCUCAAUGCCCUUGGGGCUGGUGGCCAGAAGGCCUCUUCGGUAUCCCUGACCGACCAGUCGAAUGCUGCACUGUAUGCGUGUUUUGCUGUGGUGGGAUUUAUGGGUGGCUCCAUUGUCAACACUCUAGGUGCCAGAAUCACUUUUUUCCUUGGGACAAUUGGUUACACUCUCUAUAUUGGAUCACUAUGGUGUCUCGAUAGAACUGGAAACACGGGAUUUGUUGUUGCAGGUGGUGCCCUAUGUGGUAUAUCUGCGGGUAUGCUAUGGAGCGUGCACGGUAUGGUCUCCAUGUCUUAUCCUGAAGAGAAAGAUAAAUCCAAAAGUUUUGCCAUUACCUGGAGUUUGCUUUCAAUUGGGGCGACUCUGGGUGGACUCAUCACCCUGUGCCAGAACGUUCACAAGGCCGACACUUCUGGAGUAAAAACCAGUACUUACAUCGCUUUUUUGGUAAUCAUGCUGGUUGGUUGUGUGACUUCGCUCACUCUACAAAACCCCAGGGAAAUUACCAGAAAAGAUGGAACCAAGAUCGAAAAUUUCAGGCAAACCACGUUCAUUAGAGAAGUAGUUGAUACCUUCAAGCUUGUUGCAGACUGGAAAAUGAUGAUGCUGCUGCCAGCGUUCUUCGCCUCCAACUUCUUCUACUCCUACCAGUUCGGUAUCAACGCCUUCUACUUCUCACUGCGUACCAGAUCUUUGAACUCCAUGGUAUACUGGCUAACUCAAAUCAUAGGCACUGGUGGUCUGAGUUUGAUCUUGGACACCACACGUAUCAGCAGAAGAAGACGUGGUAUCAUUGGUCUCACCAUCUCGUGCAUAUUUGUUACUGGUACCUGGAUUGGAGGUGCAGUUUUUCAAACAAAAUUCACCAGAGCCACCACUUCCCCCAACGUUGAUUGGACAGAUGACGGUUUUGCAGGGCCAUUUGUCCUUUACGUCAUGUAUGGUAUUUCCGAUGCGAUGUGGCAAUCCUGGUGUUACUGGAUCAUGGGAUCUUUGACCAAUGAGAACUACAAACUUGCAAGGUAUGCAGGGUUUUACAAAGGAGUCCAAUCUGCCGGCUCAGCUAUUUCCUUUGGUAUUGAUGCGGCUAAGAUUCCUUUUCGUAAUGAGCUGGGCGCAAACUUUGGCAUGAUGCUCUUUGCCAUGCCACUCAUGUACUACGUUGCAUCCAAGGUUAACACCACGAACUAUGGUCUGGAAGAAGAGGUAGUUGUUCCUGAGUACAUAAAGGAGGAGCUGGGGGAGUUGCUGUCGCAGAAGUCAGAUGUUGAGAGUCCAGCUGUGGAGGUCCAAGUAUCAUAUUCCCAGAAGGCUUAA